AUGGAAGGAACAGAAAAAGUGAGAGGUUCGCCGCUAAGGCACCACAGCUUUAGCAGGAGCAGAAGCAAAGGGUUAAGCAUGGAGGACGUGUUUUCAAAUGCCACUCACUCUCGACGAGGCAGUCGAAGAGACGAAGACGAAGAAGCUCUGACAUGGGCUGCCAUUGAAAAAUUGCCAACAUAUAAUCGGCUGAGAACAAGCAUCAUCAAGUCCUUUGUCGAAGGCGAUGUUCAAGGAAAUAACAACAACAAAGUGGUGCAUAAAGAAGUGGACGUUCUAAAGCUCGACCUGAUAGACCGUCAGAAAUUCAUUGACAGCACUUUUAAGGUUGCAGAGGAAGAUAAUGAGAGGUUCUUGAAGAAGUUUAGAAGUAGAAUAGACAAGGUUGGGAUCAAACUUCCAACAGUUGAAGUUAGGUUUCAGCAUUUGGCAGUCGAAGCCGACUGCCACAUCGGCACCAGAGCUCUUCCCAGUCUUCCAAAUGUUGCUCGAAACAUCGCAGAAUCAGCACUUGGUUUAAUUGGGAUCCAAAUGGCUAAGAGAACAAAUCUCACUAUUCUCAAGGAUGCCUCUGGCAUUAUUAAACCAUCAAGGAUGACCCUUCUAUUAGGUCCGCCAUCGUCAGGGAAAACAACCCUUUUGCUUGCACUAGCUGGGAAGUUAGACCCAAGUUUGAAGGUUAGAGGAGAAAUCACUUACAAUGGAUACAGGCUGAGUGAAUUUGUGCCACAAAAGACAUCUGCAUACGUAAGCCAAAAUGAUGUUCAUGCAGGAGAAUUGACAGUCAAAGAAACUCUAGACUUUUCGGCAAGGUGCCAAGGGGUUGGGACACGAUAUGAACUUCUUUCCGAGCUUGCUAGAAGAGAAAAGGAGGCUGGAAUAUUUCCAGAGGCAGAUAUUGACCUUUUCAUGAAGGCUACGUCAAUGGGAGGAGUUGAGAGCAGUCUCAUUACUGACUAUACUCUCAAAAUUUUGGGGCUUGAUAUAUGCAAGGACACCAUUGUAGGAAAUCAGAUGCGGAGAGGGAUAUCUGGUGGACAGAAAAAACGAGUUACCACAGGUGAAAUGAUUGUUGGGCCUACAAAAACAUUGUUCAUGGAUGAGAUAUCAACAGGUCUUGAUAGCUCCACAACACAUCAAAUAGUGAAGUGCUUGCAACAAAUUGUACACAUCACUGAGGCCACGAUCUUGAUGUCCCUACUGCAACCUGCUCCUGAGACGUUUGAUCUCUUUGAUGAUAUCAUCCUUUUAUCGGAGGGCAAGAUCAUCUACCAUGGACCACGUGAGCAUGUACUAGAGUUCUUUGAGAGCUGCGGAUUUCGGUGCCCUAACCGAAAGGGAACUGCUGAUUUCUUGCAAGAGGUUACCUCAAGGAGAGACCAAGAGCAAUAUUGGGCAGACAGAAACAAGCCAUACCGAUACUUAUCAGUCACUGAAUUUGCGAACCAGUUCAAGCGCUUCCAUGUAGGAAUGUGUCUCCAGAAUGAACUGUCAACCCCUUACAAUAAGGCACGAGGCCAUGGGGCAGCCCUUGUUUUCACAAGAUAUUCAAUUUCCAAAAUGGAUCUUCUAAAAGCCUGUUUUGACAAGGAGUGGCUACUAAUAAAGAGGAAUUCUCUCGUUUACAUUUUCAAGACAGUCAAAAGUAUUAUAGCAGCAUUAGUAGUCACGACCGUAUUCUUGAGGACGCAAAUGCACUCUAGAAAUGAAAACGAUGGUGCGCUAUAUAUUGGUGCACUUAUAUUUUCCAUGAUCAUUAACAUGUUCAAUGGCAUGGCUGAGCUCUCAUUGACCAUUGCAAAACUCCCCGUGUUUUACAAACAUAGAGACCUUCAUUUCCACCCUGCUUGGACUUUCACUCUCCCUAAUGUCCUACUCCGGAUUCCUGUAUCCCUCUUUGAAUCCCUUGUCUGGGUGGCCAUUACGUACUACACCAUUGGAUAUGCACCUGAAAUCAGCAGGUUUCUUAAGCAACUAUUGCUGCUAUUUCUGCUCCAACAAAUGGCUACAGGUAUGUUUUGGCUUAUUGCUGGAGUCUGCAGGUCCAUGAUCAUUGCCAACACUGGCGGGUCUCUAGCUCUGCUCACUGUUUCAAUGCUUGGGGGUUUCAUAAUUCGUCGAGAUGAAAUUCCAAAGUGGUGGCGUUGGGGCUACUGGGCUUCACCUAUAACAUAUGGUUUCAAUGCUAUUACUGUAAACGAAAUGUUUGCUCCGAGGUGGAUGAACAAACUGGCUUCAGAUAAUGCUACAAGAUUGGGUGUGGCAGUGCUUGAAAUGUUUAGUGUUUUCCCUGAUAAAAACUGGUUUUGGAUUGGCAGUUCAGCUGUUCUGGGGUUUGCAGUUCUCUUCAACAUCCUUUUCACACUAGUGCUUAUGUACUUGAAUCAACUUGGAAGGCCACAAGCGGUAAUAUCUGAAGAAGUGGCAGAGGAAAUAGAAGAACCAAGACUUAGAAGACCCAAAUCAAAGAAUUCACUUUCACGAUCACCAUCAUUUUCUCGAUCAUUAACUUCUUUGGAUGGAAACAAUACAAGAGAAAUGGAAAUCCAGCGAAUGAGCAGUCGAUCUAAUUCCAAUGGACUAAGUAGAAAUGCUGAUUCAUCUUUUGAAGCAGCCGGUGUUGCCCCCAAGAGAGGAAUGGUUCUUCCCUUCACUCCCCUUGCAAUGUCCUUUGACAGUGUUAACUACCAUGUAGACAUGCCCCCCCAAAUGAAGGAAGAAGGAGUAAAAGAGGACAGGCUUCAGCUGCUUUGUGAAGUAACUGGUUCAUUUAGGCCUGGGGUCUUGACAGCUCUAAUGGGAGUCAGUGGAGCAGGGAAGACAACUUUGAUGGAUGUCUUAGCAGGAAGAAAAACAGGUGGUUACAUUGAAGGUGAUAUUAGAAUUUCCGGGUACCCUAAGAAACAAGAAACCUUUGCCAGAAUUUCUGGUUAUUGUGAACAAAAUGAUAUCCACUCCCCCCAAGUCACAGUCAAAGAAUCGUUGAUUUACUCAGCUUUCCUUAGGCUCCCAAAAGAAGUCAGCAAAACUGAAAAGAUGAUAUUUUUAGAAGAAGUGAUGGACUUGGUGGAGCUAGACAAUCUCAAGGAUGCUAUCGUGGGGCUUCCAGGAAUUACAGGGUUGUCAACAGAACAAAGAAAAAGGUUAACAAUUGCAGUUGAGCUUGUUGCCAAUCCCUCAAUCAUAUUCAUGGAUGAACCAACAUCAGGUCUUGAUGCAAGGGCCGCUGCCAUUGUUAUGAGGACGGUUAGGAAUACUGUAGACACUGGUAGAACAGUUGUCUGCACAAUUCAUCAGCCUAGCAUAGAUAUCUUUGAGGCGUUCGAUGAGCUGCUACUCAUGAAGAGAGGAGGACAAGUAAUCUACUCUGGACCUUUGGGCCGUAAUUCUCACAAGAUCAUCGAAUAUUUCGAGGCAGUUCCAGGAGUGCCAAAAAUUAAAGAGAGGUCUAAUCCAGCUACAUGGAUGCUAGAGGUGAGCUCUGUAGCGACUGAAUUCAAACUUGGAAUUGACUUCGCUCAACAUUACAAAUCAUCUUCCUUGCAUCAGAGAAACAAAGCUUUAAUAAAUGAGUUAAGUAAACCACCACCGGGAGCAAAAGACCUGCAUUUUCCUACUCAGUAUUCUCAGUCGACAUGGGAGCAAUUCAAAUCUUGCCUGUGGAAACAGUGGUGGACUUAUUGGAGAUGUCCCGAUUACAACCUUGUUAGGUUCUUUUUUACCAUGGUCGCCUCCCUCCUGCUCGGAACUAUGUUCUGGAAGAUUGGCACUAAAAGGGAAAGCGUAGCUGAUCUGACCAUGAUUAUCGGAGCUAUGAAUUCUGCUAUAUUUUUUAUUGGAGUUAAUAACGGCUCAACAGUGCAGCCAAUGGUCGCUGUUGAAAGAACGGUAUUCUAUCGAGAAAGAGCUGCUGGGAUGUACUCUGCAUUACCUUAUGCACUGGCGCAAGUUAUUGUUGAAAUACCGUACGUAUUUAUUCAAACCGCAUAUUAUGUGUUGAUUGUGUAUGCUAUGAUGAGCUUCCAAUGGACAGUAGCAAAAUUCUUCUGGUUCUUCUUUGUCAGCUUCUUCUCAUUCCUUUAUUUCACAUACUACGGAAUGAUGACUGUUUCCAUCACACCAAAUAUCCAAGUAGCGGGCAUAGUGGCAUCGUUCUUCUAUUCGUUCUUCAAUCUUUUCUCGGGUUUCUACAUACCAAAACCAAAAAUACCCAAAUGGUGGAUUUGGUUUUACUAUAUAUGCCCAGUAUCAUGGACAGUGUAUGGAUUCAUUGUGUCACAGUUUGGCGAUGUGGAGGACACCGUUAGAGCACCUGGGAUUACACCUGAUCCGACCAUCAAAUGGUACAUCGAAAACCAUUUUGGAUAUGACACGAAUUUCAUGGGACCAGUGGCAGUGAUUCUAGUUGGCUUCGCAUCUUUCUUUGCCUUUAUGUAUGCCUUUGGCAUUAGGGCACUCAACUUCCAGAUUAGAUAG